CCCUCACAUCGGCGGUCUUGUCACAUUGUGGUCGCAUGCUCGUAGCUUAGAAACAAAAGUGUUAUCACGUUAAAAUUUUCUCGGGUUUGUUUCGUGACUUGAAGGCAUUUUCACCAGGGUGGGUCUGCUUUCAUGUUGUAUUGUCCUUUUCAUUUGUCUGCUUUAGUCACGCUGCCACCACCUACCUGCAAUUGAAGUCAUUCAUCUCAAGGCGGUGGCCGUGCAGGAGAGCGGAGCUGAGAUAAAGGAGAUUUUUUUGAAUAUCUAUAUUUUGGCCUCCUGUACAGCUGCAACACCGUCUGCAAGGCAUGUCGACCACCGGGGAAGUGGCAGCAAGCGGAUUUUUUAAGAACAUGGGCUCCGACAGCCCCGCCAGACCGAGGCAGCAGUUCUGUGGCAUGUUCUGCCCAGUGGAAGGCUCCUUAGAUAGCAAGACUUUGGACUUCGAUGCGCUGUCUGCGUGCAGAGGAAAGCGAGACAGUCGAGUCAUUGACCGGCAGAGCGACAUUUCCCAGCCCAAGAAGGUGGAGAUCAGGGAGAGCACUGGCAAGGAGGCUUUGCAGAAUCUGGAUGAUGGAAAGAGUGACCGUCUCCUGAUCAAAGGAGCGAAGAUCGUCAACGAUGACCAGUCCUUCUGCGCUGACAUUUACAUGGAGGAUGGCGUUAUCAAACAAAUAGGUGAAAAUCUCAUCGUGCCCGGUGGGGUGAAAUCCAUCGACGCCCAUGGGCGCAUGUUGAUGCCAGGAGGGAUUGACGUGCACACACGCUUCCAGAUGCCCGAUCGAGGCAUGACAUCUGCUGAUGAUUUCUACCAGGGCACCAGAGCGGCACUGGCGGGAGGCACCACGAUGAUCAUCGACCACGUGGUCCCCGAGCCAGGCGUCAGUCUCAUCUCGGCCUUCGAGCAGUGGCGCGAAUGGGCCGACAGCAAGUCGUGCUGCGACUACUCGCUGCAUAUGGACAUCACUGAGUGGCACAGAGGCAUGCAGGAAGAGAUGGAAGCCCUUGUGAAGGAUCACGGUAUCAACUCAUUCCUGGUCUAUCUGGCUUAUAAGGAUCUUUUCCAGCUAACUGACACUCAGGUGUAUGAAGUAUUCAGUGUGAUCCGUGAUCUUGGAGCCAUUGCUCAGGUGCAUGCUGAAAACGGAGACAUUGUUGCUGAGGAACAGCGCCGGAUCCUGGAGCAGGGCAUCAAUGGUCCUGAGGGACACGCCUUGAGCCGUCCCGAGGAGGUGGAGGCGGAGGCUGUAAAUCGCUCGGUGACUGUGGCCAAUCAGACCAACUGCCCUCUGUAUGUCACCAAGGUCAUGAGCAAGAGUGCCGCUGAUGUCAUCGCUCAAGCCAGGAAGAAGGGCACCGUUGUCUAUGGAGAGCCGAUCACCGCGAGCCUGGGAACAGACGGCUCACACUACUGGAGCAAAAAUUGGGCCAAGGCAGCGGCUUACGUCACCUCCCCACCGCUGAGCCCCGACCCGACCACACCAGACUAUCUCAACUCCUUGCUCUCUUGUGGUGACCUGCAGGUGACAGGAAGUGCACAUUGUCCUUUCAACACUGCCCAACGCGCCGUGGGCAAAGAUGACUUCAGCUUGAUUCCGGAAGGUGUCAACGGCACAGAGGAGAGGAUGUCGAUUAUCUGGGACAAGUGUGUGGUGACCGGCAAGAUGGAUGAAAACCAGUUUGUGGCGGUGACCAGCACCAAUGCGGCCAAGAUCUUUAACCUGUACCCCCGCAAAGGUCGUAUUUCUGUGGGCUCUGAUGCAGAUCUGGUGCUGUGGGACCCCGAUGUCACGAAGAUAAUCUCCGCCAAGAGCCACAACUCGAAUGUGGAGUAUAACAUCUUUGAAGGAACCGAGGUGCGUGGAUGGCCACUGGUGGUGAUCAGCCAGGGAAAGAUCGUCUUGGAGGAAGGAAACCUCCACACCACAGAAGGUUCCGGGCGCUUUGUGGCCCGCAAACCUUUUCCGGACUACGUCUACAAAAGGAUAAAAGCUCGCAGCAGGCUGGCUGAGAUGAGGGGUGUUCCGAGGGGACUGUACGAUGGUCCGGUUUGCGAGGUGUCGGUCACCCCUAAAGCCAUGACGCCCGCUUCAUCGGCCAAGACGUCGCCUGCUAAGCAGCCCAACCAGCAACCAGUCAGGAACCUGCAUCAAUCUGGCUUCAGCCUCUCUGGCGCUCAGGUUGAUGACAACAUUCCUCGCCGCAACACCCAGCGCAUUGUGGCGCCCCCAGGUGGGAAGGCUAACAUCACCAGCCUUGGUUAGAACCUUCUAUCCAUUGCGCAGAGGGGGAGGGUAAAGGAUCUGAGGAAGGACGGCCGAUAGGUGCCGUGGGUUCCACGCCGGGAACUUCUCACGAUUACCCAUUUGGCAUUUCGCCAUCCGUGAUCUGUAACUCUGCCACCGCCUGCUUGUUACCCCCACAUUCUCCACUCACCUUCCUCCUCAAACCAGAUCCUCGAGGACGCGGUUCAAAACAAACAAACAAAAAGGUCUGCCUCACAUGACGGAAAAAAAUAAAUAAAAACAAUUGUGCACUUUUUAUUUUGUUUAAUACUGUUUGUUCUUUUUCCAGUUCACUUGCCGUUGGGUGGGCUGAUUUAAUGCUGAUUGGGUACGUUACUGCAAAAGAUCAAAUGUACUGUAUUUUCGAAAUUGGGAGCAGCAUGGGUGCUUCAUCACCACCCAACAUUUAAUCAAUAAUCCACCCGCAGGGCUGUUAAAAGAAGAAAAAAAAGUAACCCAGGGUACAUCAUUCACACACUUUUAUGAUUUUUAUCUUUGCGGAAGUACAUACAGUUGGUCUAAACUUGCUUGUCAGCUACAAAGGCCCGACGGCUGUUGUAAAUGUAGCUUUAUGCCUCAUCUCGCUAUUCCAAGUGGGAUGAAAGCGAAUUAAGGGAAACAUUUAACCAAGGAGGGCCAGAGAAAUGCCUUAUUGUUGUGCCACGUCAUCUAAUUCACACAGCAGCCGUCAACUUUUCAAACUUUUAAAGCCGUCCAUCGCCAACCCGUGCAUUUUCACACAGAAUGUUUCCAGACUCAUCAAUAUACGCCGCUUUCUGUUCUUACUCUUUAUGUGCCUGAAUCCACAGAAAGGUGUAUACAUAAUUGUUUUGCUCUUCUAAAAGUGAAGGAUGUAAGAUAAAAAAAUAGGUGUAAAAUAGCGAGGAUAAACCGAUUCAAAGGUGCCAGAUUUUGUGCUUUCAUUUGGGCCUCUUGUGCCAGUAGAGCCACUGUAAAGAUGUUAUGAGCUCAUGAUCUUGAUUUUUUUUUUUUUUUUAAAGCUGUGUUGUUAAACUGCUCUUUAAGGUCAAUUUGUAACUAGUUGCUGAACGGCUGAGCACUUUCUUUUUGCGCUUGAAAGUGGUGGCGAGCUGAUGAUGUUCUAUGCUGUGUGUGUGUGUGUGUGACUAGUGUGCAGUGUAGAUGUUGGAGGGAUGGACCCCAGCAACACUCGACAAAACCUCCUAACCUCUCAUUUCACUUUUUUGUGUAUGAUCUGUUUUUCAUUCUGCCGAGCAAUAGAUGCGUCGUGGUAUCUGGCUACCAUUGCUCCUCCCAUCUCCUGAUACAACUUUACAUGUUACUUCAAACUAUCUUCAGCAAGCAUAGCAGUACCUAAACCUAAAGAGUGGUGCUUGACGACCUGCACUCUCUUCAUUUCCAUGUUUUCAUUACAUUCAUUUGGAAAACAAUCAAACAAAAAAAGAAUAUCACGAACACAAAUGUUUGCCGAUCCAGAAUGAAAUUGAGAAGAAAGGAGACAAGUCUGUUCCUCAAACACACCAGUUUAGCACCAAAUGUAAGAGUCCCCCCAACACCCCACCCCAAACCUGUUCUUCCCUUUUGUUUCUCUACAUUUUUUGCAUUUUUGGGUUAUGUGCGGCUGUUGCCAUGCCGACAGAGCUCACCACUCUCACGAGCUGCAGAUUGUGUGGCUUGUUUGAGCCAUGCCAGUUAGACUGGAGUUUCACUUUACCAUUAGUAAUUUCCACUCACACACACAAACACAAACACACACACACUAAGCACCACUGUUUGCAUGCCCCAUCCCUCCUUGCACAAUACACACGUUAACCACACAGCUGUACUUUUCUAGUCUGCCUGAGUUCUAAUGCUAUGCCAUAUUAUGCUAAUCAGAUAUACAGUAAGUGAUAUGUAUGUUCGCAACGUGCUGCAGACUGAGAGGGGAUGCCGUUCUGUACAACCGCCUAUAAUCGUAAAGACACUUGCCCACCCCCUCGAAGCCCUCCCCCAACCCCCUACCCCUUUGUGAAAGUGAAACUGUGUGACGGUGUUUGUCCCGGUUGCUAUGGGGAUUCUGGGAUGCUUGCUCACCAUGGGAAAUAAAGUGGCCGGUAAUGUUAAAAAAAA